AAACAUACGAGAGAGCGUUGACGAAGCACCUGAUGAUGCAGGAAGCGGAAAGGUCCAGACUCUACAAACACUGUCACAAGGCUUCUAACGAAUCCGGGGAGUACGUAUGUUUAAUUAUUGACGGAAUGGACCAGAGCAAGACUCUUUUACCGCACUUCCGCAGAUUGCCGAAGGAUUCCAGAGUCAAAGAAGAAAGCUUUGUCAAGGUGCGCGUUGUCGGUGCGAAGGUGCUAGGUCUCGCCACAAAAGCAUCUGCAACACUCUUUUUUGACAACUUCAAGUCAGAUUCGAACUGCAUGCUUACUGUGCUUCAUCGAAGAAUUUGUGAACUUCCGAUACCUUUCCCACGAGUUCUCUAUCUCAAUCUAGACAACACAACGAAAGAAAACAAAAAAAAAUACGUAGUUUCGUAUUUAUUCUACCUUGUGAAAAUUAACAUUUUCACGAAGGUGAAGUUGAACUUUCUUCUCGUCGGACAUACUGACGAGGAUAUCGAUCAGAUGUUUAGUUGUUUCUCUCGCAGGCUCAAUUUGCAGAGUGCGUUUGAUCUUCCUGAACUUAAACACGUUAUUCGCGAAUCGUACACAAACGAAGUUGGAAAGGCAGUAGUUCUUGAGCGGAUGACCGAGACUUACGACUGGAAGGAAUUUGUAGAACCACAUUUGUUGAAGGUGAAGGACAUCAGUUUCAACCAGCAUUUCAGGAUCAAAAGAAAGUACAGAGGAGAAGUACGACUCUGGAGCAAGCAGUACCACAAUUCGUUUUGGCAGCCGAACGACACCGAAGGUUUGAAUCUCUUUUAUUCAGAGCCAACAAGCGAGAUUCUGGCUGCUCCUCGACAUUCGAUACGGUCUUUGGAAGGUCGGUUGAGGCCAGCUUGUGGCAAAGAAGAAGGGGAUGGUACGGAACUGGAAGGAGACAGUGAAGAAUGUGUACAACGCACUCUGUUAAUUAAUACAUUGAACGCUAAUCUCGAUGCGUUCUCCAGAUACAUUCAAACCGAUAACGUCAUUCGGUGGAAAUAUUUCAUCGAAUGUCAAAAAAAUAUGGAUUUCAAUGACAGGAGCCUGAAGGUUCCUUUCUUCAGGCCGACAGUGCCGUUGGAAGGGCCUUGCGAGGACAGCGCGAAGCCUCUAGAUGAAGAUAAGAUUUCUCGGAAUUUGGCUCACCUCUUUCCACAAGAAAGACCAGUGUAUAAUGGUGCGUGGAAGACCAAACAAUACAAAAUGGAAAGAGAGGGACACUACGAGGACUUGGAGAUCGGAAAGUUCAUUGCACACCGAGACAAACCCUACCACGUAGGCAAGGUUGUGGAGUUACUUCCAGAAGAGCAUUUCAAGGUUGCUUGGUAUGCUCAAAAGGAAAAAGGAGAAGCGUACUUACCGUUCUACAAGCCGAAUGUGAGAGGAAAGUCUAGACGUGAGGUCGCCGAAGACAUUUUUGAUCGGAGUUGUGGCGUUCUGUGUUACAACUUUACUCUGAAGACAGACAACACUCUGUUCGCCGCCACAAAGAAAAAGAUCUGCGAAAUGUUGAACGCUUCGAUUUUCGUCGACGUUAGAGACGGCGAAGAAGAGGCUGGUGCCCUUAUAAAGGUGUAGCUCGAAGGCCUUCGACAUGUCCUCCUGUUGAGAUGGUCCUCUUCAAAGGGCAUAGGCCGCACCACCGUACAUGGAAGUUGUUUGUCCUUCGUCUUGUUGGCUCUUGUAUUGUAAGCAAUUUAAAAUUCUGAACUUAUAGGACUAUAAUUGAAAUUGGAAAUUUGAUUUCUCCUGUGUCUUCUGGGGUCAACGUCUACAAGUCUAUUCGGGAAAAUUGUUUCUGCUUCGUCUUGUCCGGUCUUGUAUGUUAAGUAGUUUAGAGUACGAGUUUUUUCGAAGUAGUCCGAGUUUCGAUUUAUAGGACUAUAAUAGAAUUACGGAAUUCGUUUUCCCUUUUAUCUUGCGGAGUCUC